UAUCCAACCAACUCAAACAGCUGUUUCGUGAUUUGUUAUCCGGCGAUUAACAUAUUUAAUUCCUGUUUAAUUCCUACUAAAAUAACAGUAAUAUAAUGCCCGAAGAUUCGAAAAAAAGCAAUGAGAAAAUAAAAGAACGCAGAGAACGAAAACCUAGACACAGGAAUCAGAAAAAAGAAAAUGAAAAUGUAGUAGAGAAGAAAACUGAGGAACCGAAAAAUGUACCAAAAGUUACAGUACCACAAAAGCCAGUCUAUGAACCUCCUCCCCCGGAGUUUUACAAAAACUUGAAACGAGAAACAGAUGAUAUACUAAAAAUAACUGAAGAAGAGAAUUCAAAAUAUAAAAAGAAGGAGAUACAAAGCAACUGGGCCAAGUAUGAGGUGCCAAUUGAUAGCUAUGAAGAGAUUGAGGAGCAAGAGAAUUUGGGCGCUGAUUAUGAGAAACUCAUACAAGCGCCCCUUUCAAUCGGCGGACAUUUUCAAUUCAAACAUGAAAAGUCUUGGGACAUAAACACAGGCCCUUCAUUAUACGAUAAAUACUUUGAUAUUAAUAUGGAAGACCUGAAUAUUGCUCUCUGUUCCAUACCUUUUUACGAGAGAAACUCUAUAGACACUUCUAAUUUUAGUGAAACAGAUAUUCUAACUAUGAAUAACAGAGCAACGAGGUUCAAACAGAAAUAUUACAAUGACAAAUCAUACUCAACACCAGAAACUGAAGCUCAAGAUAAAAUACUUAGUAAUCUUAUGGAAAGUCUUAAAGAGGAUAAUACUAAGGGAGACACAAGCAACGAUAUAAACAUAAAAUAUGAUAAUGCACGUAAAACUAGACUGGAGUCUGAGAAAUCGGAUAGUUAUGUAGAAUUGCAAACUGAAAAUAAUACUGAAAUAGCAAAUGCCAUUGAAGAAAAUUUGACAACACAUGAACCUGUGAGUGAUGACACUACAGUUAACCAAAUCGAAGUAAAGGAAGAUAAACUGGAUAAUUUUUUCUUUGGGGACACUAACAAAAUUGUUAAAGAACCCAAAGUCGAUAAUGUUCCAACAGCAAGUUCUGUAGAAAAACCUGUAAGCAAUAUUGAAACUGUUGAAAGUACUCCUGUAGUUGACGAAGUAUUGCCUACUGUUGCCGUAAAGACGACACCUAUUGUACCUAAAGAAAAUCCUGUGGCAAUUGCUACUCCGGAAGUGACAAUCAAACCUGAAGAAACAAAGAAAAAUCCUGUAAUUGAAUCUCCAGAAGAUCUUGAGAAGUGGCUAGAUGACUUUUUAGAUGGUUAGAUAUCACAGUAACCUUUUUGGUUAACCUUAUACAAAUACUUACAUUAUUUUCUAUUGUAUAAUAUAGUCAUAAAUAAAUUAAUAAUACGUUUACGUCUUGUUAUACUAAAUUAUUCCGAUUAUUAUGUCUCGAUAUAUAGAAAUCGAAAAUCGAUUAGUGAUCAAUCGUUGAGAAAUGGAAAAGCUCUAAAUAAUAUUUACCAUCAAUCAACGUUUCUUUCGAUACCGAGCAUAUUGCUGCCCGAACUAAGAUUAAUGAAAUGAAAUUUAUACAUUCUAAUGGUUUUUUUUUUGUUUACGGUUUCCAAAAAGUACUUACGGAGUCCCAAAAAAAAAUGUUCGUCCCAUAAAACCUCGGUGGGUAGGUAUUUAUUUUUUCCUGAACAUAAUGAUGCGGCCACAUCUCGUGAAUGUGCCGCUAGUGAGGACUUCAAGAGUUGUGGACGCACCAUUAGACUGAAUGGGUUCUUCCUGUUUUAUAUGUAUUUUUCGGCAUAAUUUGAUACUUACUCGAUAAUCUUUAAAAUUUUAUAUCAGUUGUUAUUUCUA